UGGGGCCAAUGUAAGAACAUUCACACUCUUCUUCUCCCUUUCUAUUGAGAUCCAAACAUGGAAGUUGCUCUAUGAGUAUUCCAAGAAAACCUCAAAAAAAGAGCAAAAGAUGACAUAACUGAAGAGUGAACAAUCAUAUGGCACAACCUAAGAAAACCCUGAAAAAUUUCAUCCCUCUUUUCAUUCUCCUCUCUCUUUCUGCUCUUUUCCUCUUCUCUUACCAUCCUACAAACUUGAAUUCCACCAAAUCUUUCUCCUUUAACCCAAACACCCCUCAAACCCAUCAAAACUUCACUUUUUUAAUCAAAGUUCUCACCUUUAACCGUCUUGAGUCCCUCUCUAGGUGUCUCAAUUCACUUUCCAAAGCACAUUAUGAUAACCAUGUUGUUCAUCUCCAUAUCUACAUUGAUCACUUUCAAGAUUCCCCAAAUGGGUAUGUGGAAAUCGACCAAAAAUUGAAUCUUUCGAAAAGAAUUCUUGAUUUUGUUGAUGGGUUUUCAUGGAAAUAUGGGGAAAAGUUGGUUCAUUAUAGGGCUUCUAAUGCUGGACUUCAGGCUCAGUGGUUAGAGGCUUGGUGGCCUAGCUCGGAUGAUGAGUUUGCUUUUGUUGUGGAGGAUGAUCUUGAGUUGUCACCUCUUUAUUUUCGGUUCUUGAAGAGUUUGAUUGACAAUUAUUAUUAUAAUGACUCAAACUAUAGUCCUAUGAUUUAUGGGGCUUCCUUGCAGAGGCCUAGGUUUGUACCAGGUAAGCAUGGAAACAAGAUGCAGAUCGAUGAUGGAACUCAACUUUUCUUGUACCAGUUGGUUGGCACCUGGGGUCAGCUUCUGUUUCCAAAACCUUGGAAAGAAUUCCGCAUAUGGUAUGACACACACAAGGCCAAGGGAUUGAAGCCAUUUCUUGAUGGGAUGGUGACAACCGGAUGGUACAAAAAGAUGGGGGAAAGAAUCUGGACACCUUGGUUCAUUAAAUUCAUCCAUGCCCGUGGUUACUUUAAUAUUUACACCAAUCUUUUGCAUGAGCGAGCUUUUAGUGUGUCUCAUCGCGAUGCUGGUGUUAACUAUGGGAAAUCGGCUGGGCCAGAUUCUUAUUUAGUGGAUGAGAAGUCUUUUGAUAUUAACCUUUUGAAGAUGCAAUCUUUGCAGAGUCUGAAGUGGUACGAUUUCUGUUUCAAGGAAGUUUCUCCUGGUAGAAUUGUACGUAGUUCAGAUGAUCUAGCGUCUGUUCUUCACUCGGUUCAGAAAUCGAGGACUAUACUAUUUGUGAACCUACAACAGGUGUCAGAGUCAAUUAUUAGGAAUCUUCUCUGCCACUUUGAAAGAUUGAAUAUCCAAAACUAUGUCUUAUUGGGUCCACAGUCCUCUUUCCUACUUGAUCUUGCAAGAAGGGGUCAUCAUGUGAUUGACACAGACCAACUUUUUGACAGUAUUAGGUUACAAAACUCGAUUAACUUUGACGAAUCGCAUGAAAAGUUGGGCAAAGAGAUUGUUGUGAAGGCCCAUGUAGUUAGAAAGUCCUUGGAACUUAAAUACAACACAUGGGUUGUGGAUGGUGAUGUGAUUCCUCUCAGCAGUGAUUCAUUUCUUGAUUCGUAUGAUCCGGCUAAUGACUUUCUUUUGGGGAAGAACUUUAAACUUGUCUUCAUACGAAAUUCAGCUUUUGCUUUAAAAUUUUGGGUCGACAAUGUUUUGGACAAAGUUGUUGCCUCGGUUGCCACUUUGAAGACUAGAGGUUCAAUUGCCACAGAGGGAAAUUUUGUAAAUCUAGUUGAGAAGUUAUUGGAACAAAAGAAAACUACUUUUAACAGGGUUGAUGAAACUGAUUUUAGUUUGAACAUCAGUUUUAUGGAUGCUAACCAAACCUCUUCAAGGAAUGGAAAGAAGUUUGCCUUUUGGUCACCUGAGAUGGGUUCAGAACGGAUACAAAAACGACUUGAAGAGUUUGCUAUGUGGGUUGUGGAUAGUGAUUUAUCAUGUAAUGCAGUUGUUUGUCAUCCAUCAUAGCAUAUGGAGGUGUUUAUCUGUGUAUCUAUCGUAUACUUGUGAUGUCUGCUUAUAGUUUGAUGGAUUUUACAUGUUGAUAUUGAAGGCAAUAAGAUCGGAGAAGAACAAAAAAAGGCUCACUCUUCAGGAAUUAUCGCUGAUAUCAGACAUGUUUUGUAAACCAUCGUCAGUUGAAGGUAAUCGUUCCGAGUCUGAAUUAACAAAGGAUGAUCUGUUUUACUCUUCUUCGCUGAAAUGAUUCUAUUAGCUUAUUGGUGGAAAAGGAACUGCAAGAAAACUCAUUUUUGACAUAUUGUUCCAAGUCUUAUGUAAAUGUGCCAGUAGUGACAUUAUGACUGAUUCAUAUGCCAAAUAUGGCUACUUAUCUUGCUGAAGAUCAUUUGUGUCAAAUCUGAAGAUCAUCUGAGCAAUUUGCAACUGGCCUCUAGAAACCCUGUUGGUACAAUUUUUUUAAUUUUUUUUUUUUUGUUUGUUGUUGUUGUACCGUGAAUUUGGGUUUAAACAACUUGCUGUAGAUAAUCGAUUUUCAUUGGUGAUCGGAUAUAAUGAGAAUUGCCUUGGAGGGAUUUAACAUAA